AUGACCCUCACAAACAAUUCGCAGACACCAAUUGCUGUCGUUGGAAUGUCCUGUCGCCUUCCGGGCCAGGUCCGUACGAUUGAUGACUUCUGGACUCUCAUAUCUCGUGGUCGGGACGCAUGGUGUCCAUUCCCUUCAGACCGCAUAUCCAGUGCGGCCUACUACCACCCAGAUCCCCAGCGAAAGGGUUGCUUCAAUCAGAAGGGGGGUUACUUCCUUCAGGAGGACUUAUCCCAGUUUGACGCUCCAUUCUUCCACAUCACUCAACAAGAAGCCAUUGCCAUGGAUCCAAAUCAGCGACUACUCCUCGAGUGUGCUUAUGAAGCCUUGGAGAACGCCGGUAUCCCAUACGAAGCCAUAUCAGGCUCGCGAAUGGGCGUCUUCACGGGUCAUUGUGCAUCAGACUACCGCCGCAGUGCUUUUCGCGACCUCCACGCUCUUCCCAUGUUCGACGCCACGGGGAAUCAGGAAUCUAUUCAGGCCGGUCGUCUUUCACAUUUUUUUAACCUCCGUGGCCCAUGUAUGACUGUCGAUACGGCCUGUUCGUCCAGUCUCUAUGCCCUUCACCUGGCCGUGCAGAGCAUUCGUUCAGGGGAAGCGGACUCUGCUCUGGUCAGUGGAACCAGACUGCAUGUUAAUCCAGACGAGACGGUUUCAAUGUCUAUGAUGGGUCUAUACAACGAGCAAGGAAAGACCUUUGCAUUUGAUGAUCGUGCCGUCUCGGGCUUUGCGUGCGGCGAGGGUUUGGGCUGUGUUGUCCUUAAGCCACUGGACCAGGCUCUGGAAGACAAUGACCCGAUAUAUUCGGUCAUCAGGAGCACAGGUCUGAAUCAUGAUGGUCGAACUGUCGGUCUGACGAACCCCAGCGGGGAGGCCCAAGAGGAACUCAUGCGAGAAGUGUACGCCCGCGCCAACCUCUCCCCUGAGGAGACAGGGUUCGUUGAGGCGCACGGUACUGGAACCAAGGUCGGUGAUCCCAUCGAAGUUGGCGCCAUUCAUCGGGUGUUCAAGGACGGCCGGACCAAGCGCGCACCGCUAUAUAUCGGCUCCGCCAAGUCCAACUUUGGACAUCUCGAACCUGCCAGCGGCAUUGUGUCCCUGAUCAAGGCCUCCCUGAUGCUCCACCGUGGCUUCAUUCUUCCCAAUGCUAAUUUUGAGCGCGCCAAUCCUGCCAUCCCUCUCGACCAAUGGAAUAUCAGGGUACCGACCAGUCUACGUCCCUGGCCCCAGGGCAAGAAGUACAUCAGUAUCAACAACUUCAGCUUCGGUGGCUCUAACUGCCAUGUCGUACUGGAAAGACCUCCCCGUCCGUGCGGUCAGCCUCCCGACACCUCAAACGAUGCGCCCCGGCUCUUCGUACUGAGUGGCUAUGACGACGAGGCCGCCAAACGCAUUGCCACGAACCUCGUCUUCUACUUGGAACAACACCCGGGAGUCUUCGAACGGCGCCUGGUACACGACGUCGCGUACACUCUUGGCGAGAGGCGCUCUCACUUUCCCUGGCGUAUUGCAGUCACUGCUUCGUCUACUGCCGAACUUGUGGAGAUCUUGAAUGGGCCCGCGAGUAUCCCUCAGCGCGCCCGUCUGGGAGCUGGCUCUUCUUCUGCCAUUGCUUUUGCCUACACUGGACAAGGCGCACAAUGGCCCCGUAUGGGCUUGGAACUGACUGGCACCCACCCUGUAUUUGCAGCCAGCAUGGAGGAAGCAGCACGUGCAUUGGAGGGUCUAGGGGCAGACUUCUCCCUGUUUGAAGAGCUCAGGCGUGAGGCAGCUGAAUCUCGCGUCAAUCAACCCCAGAUUUCCCAGGUUGUCUGCACCGCCGUGCAGAUUGCUCUGACCGAUCUUCUGGCUUCUUGGGGCAUACAACCGAGGAUGGUUGUUGGCCACUCCAGCGGAGAGAUUGGAGCAGCUUAUGCGGCUGGUGCUAUUUCUGUGAGCGAGGCCAUUGCCCUGGCGUAUCAUCGGGGACGACUCGCUGCCCAAGUUCGCGUCCGAUUUUCAGAUCUAAAUGGCUGCAUGAUGGCCGUCGGAGAGAGUGCCGAGGAGGUGCACCGGACCAUCAAGCAACUCCAACUGGAGAAGGACAUCACUGUGGCUUGUGAAAAUUCACCACGUUCUACCACGGUGUCUGGAGAUGCCACUGCUAUGGACCUUCUUGCGAAGGAGCUAGAAGCCCGGCAGACGUUUCAUCGCAAGCUUCAUGUCGACGUCGCUUAUCACUCUCCCCACAUGCAGCUGAUCGCCGAGGACUAUACCAGCGCUAUUCAGCAGGUCGCCCCAUCAACAAUGAAGGAGAAUGUCCAAUUCUACUCCUCGCUGUUGGGUGAAAAGGUGGAGCAACCUGGGGUUCUGGGAGCAUCAUAUUGGGUCGAUAACCUGACGCACCCGGUCCGGUUCUCCACUGCGCUGGGCCAGCUGUGUGCCGAGUCCAAGCCCGAUAUCAUUAUUGAGAUCGGGCCGCAUUCCGCGUUGCAGGGACCGAUCAAGCAGAUUCUGCAGGGCAUGCAGAACACGCACAUUCAGUACUUCGCCUCCCUGGCCCGCAACGACCAUGCCACCAAGGCCGCGCUCCAGCUUGCAGGCCGCUUGUUCUUGGCCGGCCAGCAGCUGAAUUUCCGUGCUGUCAACCCAAUUCACCAGGGUGGGUCAGUCCCGACGGUUUUGCCGUCUCUCACGCCAUAUCCCUGGUCUAAUCGGUCUUACUGGCACGAGGGUCGCGUCGCCUUCAACCACCGAAUGCCGCGCUUCCCCCGCCACGAUCUGCUGGGACGAAUGGAAGCGUCUACCCGUGAAGAUGAGCAGCCCAUCUGGCGCAAUUCCCUGUCCCUGGACAGCGUACCAUGGCUCCGCAGUCAUCGUAUGCAAUCCAUGACUACCUUCCCCAUGGCUGGCUAUGUAAGUAUGGCCGUCGAGGCGGCAUCCCAACGGGCUCAGCUCAGAGGUCUCUCCCAAUCCCAGAUUGCCGGGUACCGGCUCCGUGAGUUCCAGGCUUCCUCGGCGUUCACCAUGGAGGAGAACGUCGAGUACGAGACCUGGUUCUCUCUGAGUUCGUUCACGGAGGGCACCCGCUCUUACUCCAGUGAUUGGGACGAGUUUCGUAUCGCCUCGUGGACCGCGACUCGCGGCUGGCGCGAGCAUUGCCGUGGUCUCGUCGGCAUCAGACGCCAGGAGUCGUCCACCAACCCGGUCAGCCAACGCCGGUCAUUCCACGCUGCGCUUCAACGGCGCCACGAGGCGACUCAGGGAGAUUACCGCCCUAUGCCGCUGGAGGCUUUCUAUGCUGACCUCGAAGAGCGCGGGGCCGGGUACAGUGAUGUUUUCACUCUCCACCCCGAGAGUGGGCUGGCCGUACAAAAAGCAGGCGCAGGAUGCAGCUAUGCGCGUGGCAAUGUUUCAGUGCCCAACACGGCUGAGGCUAUGCCAUCGGGGCAUGAGACGCCGUCUAUUGUGUCCCCCCCAUUCUUGGAUAUGUGCUUUCAGCUGACGUUCCCCGUUCUUGGGGCGAAAUAUGGCCGCAUUCCAUGCCUUUACAUGCCUAUCUCCAUCCAGGAAAUGGAGAUUGCCGCAAACUUCCCCGCCAAACCUGGAGCUAUUGUGGAAGCCCAUGCUCUUGGGUUUCCCGCGGAUGCUUCUAAUCUCGGGCCGACGGAGUUCACGGUUGAUGCCUGGGACCCAAAUGCAUCAACCGAGCAGCCUGUGCUCACUAUCCUCGGCCUUCGAUCGACUCCUAUGAACACUGAUAUCUCCAUCGACGCCACCCCGCACCCUUGGUGCUACACCGUGCAGUGGGCGCCAUUCUCCUCGGCUGGUGAACCAAAUGGCGCAGAGGCGAAUGGAAAUGACCACACCAACAGGAAUGGCCAAGCUAACGGUUCUGGCGAGGGGCAUGGUAACGGGGUUGCACAUGCCAACGGUAGCCAUCACGCAUCACUGGCAGACCAGACAACCACUGUCAUCAUCACAGAGAGGAACCGCUCAGACCCACUGAUCUCCUCGCUUAUGAAAACUAUCGAGGCAUUCACUGAGCAUGAGGUCACUAUUUCUCCCCUGUCAGGCGUACAGAUGUCCUCAACGAAUCGUUACAUCUGCCUGUGUGAACUAGAUACGCCAGUCCUGCAAUCUCUUACCCCAGAAUCUUUCAAGCAGGUUCAGAACCUCCUUCUCAACUGCUCCUAUUGCCUCUGGAUAACCUCCGGGGCAUACCUCGCUGUGGAUCAGCCCGAGCUGAACCUCAGCCAGGGUCUCCUGCGGUCUGUGCGUUCAGAAACUGGGAACGCUGUCGUCAGCCUGGACCUGGACCCCAGCUCUCGGCAAGACGUGGCAGGUCGGGCCCAACUCAUUUUGGAUGCUUUCAAGGCGUCGACUAGCACUCUACUGAAAGCGGCCAGUGAUGAGGAAGCACCCCUAUCGGACUACGAGUUUAGUGAAGUCAGCGGGCGCCUGAUGGUCCCUCGUUUAGCCGAGCAAUCCGAGCUGAACAGUGCCCUCUUCCGAGAGACACACCCCUCUCACUCGUAUGCGCAGGACUUCGACCAGGGAACUGAUCGUCGACUCAAGAUCGCCGUCGGCACGUUGGGCGCCUUGGACUCUCUCUACUGGACCGAUGAUCCAGCCCAGCCACUCGGCGACAACGAAAUCGAGAUCAAAGUGGCCUGCACGGGCGCCAACUUCAAGGAUGUGGUGAUUGCCAUGGGUCAAGUCGCAAGUCCUUACUUGGGUAUCGAGUGUAGUGGUACAGUAGCUCGCGUUGGAGCCAAGGUAGACACACUCAAGCCUGGCGACCGCGUUGGCGCCAUGUCCCAAGGUGCGUAUAGCACGUACGCACGGUGCCCCGCAACCAGCGCCGCUGUCAUUCCAGACUCCAUGACCUUUGAGACGGCCGCUUCCAUUCCCGUCACCUAUAGCACGGCCUACUAUGGACUGGUCGAGCUGGCUAAAAUAGAAGCGGGCGAAAGCAUUCUCAUCCAUGCCGCCGCCGGCGGCGUUGGUCAGGCCGCGAUUCAGCUAGCCCAGCUGAUCGGAGCCGAGAUCUAUGCCACGGUGGGUAGCGAGGAGAAGAAGCAGAUGCUGGUCGAUCGCUACUGCAUCCCGGCGAGCCGCAUCUUUUACAGUCGGAACACCGAGUUCGGUCCUUGUGUCCGGGAUGCUACGGGCGGACGCGGCGUAGAUGUGGUUUUGAAUUCGCUGGCGGGCGAUUUCCUUCGCGAAACCUGGAGCUGUCUGGCGCCUUUUGGUCGGUUCAUUGAGAUUGGAAAGCGGGAUAUUACAUCGAACACCCGGCUGGAGAUGAGCAGGUUUGAGUACAAUUGCACAUUCUCCUCUUUGGAUUUGACGCUUGUUGCGGAACAGAAGGGCAAGGUCCUCAACCGGGUCUUCACCUCUAUCAUGAGGAUGUUCGCGCAAGGGAGAUUGAGUCCCGUACAUCCGGUCACGACGGUCGGUAUCACGGAGGUAGAAUCGGUGCUACGAAAGCUACAGAGUGGCAAGACAACAGGCAAGGUCGUGGUGGACCAUCGCAUCAAUGGGAAGGUCAAGGCCACGCAUCCCACUCCAUCCAAUGACCUUCUGCCGUCUGAGGCUACGUACAUCAUUGUAGGUGGUACUGGAGGUAUUGGGCAAUCGAUCACUCGCAGAAUGGUGCAGCGCGGAGCCCGAGAGAUCGUCCUGCUCUCCCGCAGUGGCACCGUCACGGAAGCUAUCCAGAAACUCAUCGACGAGUGCCAGACUGUGAAUGCAUCGAUCCACGUUAAGCAAUGCGAUGUGUCCGAAAUCUCGCAGGUCAAGGCGAUGAUUGCGGAACUGCAGAAAGACCUGCCCCCAGUCCGGGGUGUCAUUCACGCAGCCAUGGUUCUCAAGGACACUCUCUUCGAACAGAUGACUUUCCCUGACUGGGACGCUGUUCUCCGUCCCAAGGUCGCAGCCGCUUGGAACCUCCACUAUUCCCUUCUGCACCAGCCUCUGGACUUCUUCGUCAUGCUUUCUUCCGUGUCCGGCAUCAUCGGCAAUCGUGGUCAAGCCGCCUACGCAGCCGGAAACUGCUUUCUGGAUGCAUUGGCGCGCUACCGCCGCCAGAAGGGUCUCUCUGCCGUAUCUAUCGAUCUUGCCGCGGUAGCCGACGUCGGCGUGCUCUCUAACGACGCAGAAAGAAGGGCAGAAGUGAUGAAGAACCUGAAAUCGAGUAAUGCGUUACAAGAGGUAGAAGUGCUCACCUUGGUUGAAUUGGCAAUGCAGGGCCGCCUGACCGCCCUGAAUGUGGAGCAGUGCAUCACUGGUGUGCAUUGGGCUCCCCCAACCCCAACCCCAUACUAUGCCUCCGAUGCCCGCUUCACCCAGCUCGUCGAAGCUGCUAGACAACUCGAAGGCAACGACGCUGCCAACGGCUCAACCACGAAAUCCCUCUCUAUCGGGCAGCAGGUUCGCCGCGCAGCAAACCUCGAGGAAGCACUCGAGAUUACGGCGAUCGGUCUACGGGACAAACUGGGUGACAUUCUCAUGCUUCCCCGGGAAGUGUUGGAGGCGCAUACGCAGUCGACUCCGAUUGCGACGUUUGGAUUGGAUUCCUUGAAUGCCAUUGAGUUGAGAAACUGGAUCGGAAAGGAGCUGAUGGCCCAUAUGCAAGUCCUGGAGUUGUUGUCGGCGGGUGUGUUGGGCGAUUUGGCGCUGUUGGUGUUGAAGAAGUCGACUUUGGAGGGGGCGUGGAAGGGAGAAAUUAGCAACUAAUGUGCUAUUUGACACAACGGUGGGGAUGCUCACCGUGGGUAGGUAGAUUGGGAUGAUGGCAUGGGGGGAUAUACCUCGGUGUGUGUUGAGUACCUGAUGUAAUUUUAAGAGUGUAUUUGCUGCGAGUGAUAAUCUGGUAUACCUUG